AUGACGCAAUCUCACUCGAUUCAACCUCUCCUACACCACAGCCACAAUAACAUCAUAACAUCUUCCUCAGCCGCACUAGUACCUCAUAGUCAUAACCCUUCAGUUAAUGGCACAACCACAAACUCUACUGGUGUAGAACUAGAUCUUGAUCAAUCCUCCUACAAGAAACCAUUAUCACAAGUGGUGGUCAAGUACAGAGAAUGCUUGAAAAACCAUGCAGCUGCAAUGGGAGGAAAUGCUACAGAUGGUUGUGGUGAGUUCAUGCCAAGUGGUGAACAAGGUUCCAUAGAAGCACUCAACUGUUCAGCUUGCCAUUGUCACAGAAACUUCCAUAGAAAGGAAAUUGAAGGUGAAACUGAUGAAGAAAACUACCAACAUCACCAUAACUCACCUUUCACCUUCAACUUCAACAGACAACAACAACAACAACAUCACAGCAUGAGGAAAUUCAUGUUACCUCUUCCUGAUCAACCUUUCGGGCUUGGCUACCACCACCCUCACACUACUCCUAACUCUACAUCAGCAGCAGUAACAGGUAACAACAACAAUAUUCUUCCUUCUAGAGCUGUAGCACCACCACCACAUGGACAUGGACAUAUCAUUAUGCCUUUCAACUACAACAUACCUUCUGAAUCUGAUGAGCAAGAAGAACAUGGUAGAACGCAGAGUCAGCAUCAACAGGUAGUGAUGAAAAAAAAGGUUCAGGACAAAGUUUACACAGGAGCAGAAGGACAAAAUGCUGAACUUUGCUGA